AUGGCUCGUAAUGAAGAAAAAGCACAAUCUAUGCUUUACCGGUUUCGGGAGGCUCAGGCUGUUCAACUCGGAUUAGUAAAGCCAAAAGAGCGUCGACCUUUUUUGGCCUCAGAUUGUAAUAAUUUGAAAGACGCGGAGAAAUGGCGACAACAAAUAAUAAGAGAAAUUUCUAGAAAAGUGUCAAAAAUUCAGGAUGCUGGCCUGUCGGAUUAUCAGAUCAGAGAUCUGAAUGAUGAAAUCAAUAAAUUAAUGAGAGAAAAGGGUCAUUGGGAUGAUCAAAUAAAAAAACUGGGUGGUCCAGAUUAUAAAAGAGUGGGCCCAAAAAUGUUGGAUGAUGAAGGUAAAGAAGUACCAGGAAAUAGAGGUUAUAAGUAUUUUGGAAGAGCAAAAGACUUGCCUGGAGUAAGAGAAUUAUUUGAGCAAGAUGUUCCCACUCCACAAAAACGUACGAGAUUUGAUUUAUAUAAAAAUGUAGAUGCGGAUUAUUAUGGAUAUCGUGAUGAAGAAGAUUCAACUUUGUUAGAAUAUGAGCGAGAAGUCGAAAAUGGGGUUAUUGCCGAAGCUUUAGAAAUACCAGAUGUUACAGUCCUUAAAGAUAAAUCAAUACAAAAGAAAAAAGAGGGUACCUCACAAAUAGAGGAUGUUCCAAUGGACAUUGAUUCAUCAUCAGAAAAAUAUAUGGCACAUGUUGACGUGCCGUCUCAAACAGACGUAGAAGAAUAUUUAGUACGAAGAAGAAAACGUCAAAUGCUUGAUCGUUACGUGUCGGAAGAAACCGGACAGAAAUCAUAG